AAAAUUUUCUUUUUGAUAGAAAAGAAAAAAAAAAUUAAAAAGAAUAAACUGUAGAAAUAAGCUAACAAGAAAACAUUUAUGUAUGCAAAGAGGUAAUUUCCUCACUCGUGAAUGUUUGACUUGCUAUCUAAUACAAUAUAAUAAAGAAAUAUGGAUUGCUUCUCAGUUUGGCACGUCAUUCGAAAAGCGAAUCUUCACGUAAUUACUUUCCCAAUACUGUUAUUCCAAAUAUGCUUGGGCAGUAAUGUAACUUUCAGAGAAUAUUAUGGGAUUCGUGUUCCACUUCCUCUAACUUCCAUUCCAGAAGACGACAAAAUAAUUCAGAUGUCAAACAUCUCAUCGGAAAUUGAAUGUUUUUCUCACUGUAUAACAUAUUCCAAAUGUGGUAUGAUUAUUUACAGCGUUUCCGAUGAACUAUGUAUCCUACGUAAAAUCAUGCUAUUACCUGAUGCCUCAUCAUCCAUCAACAUUCCUGCAAACAGUAUUUACACCAUGCUACAAGCACCUGAAUGUCCUACUUCAGCCGGCUACACUUACCAACCAGAAUUGAGAUUGUGUUAUCAAAUAGGUUCGACGAAAGCAUCAUGGAAUGAAGCUGCAGACAAUUGCAAUAAGGAUCGGGGACAACUGAUCCACAUUAAAAAUCAGGAAAUAAUGAACUAUCUAAAAUCAAUAUUAUUAUCAAGUACAUUGCGAAAUGAAUGGUUCCAUUUUGGAUUAUGUAAAGACGAUAGUAAGAACGCAUUUGUAUGGCAGAAUGGAGAAGCUCUUACAUUUUCUUCCUGGUCGCCAGGUUGCCCUGACAACUAUCGUAACUCACAGAAGUGUGCAGAUUUGGAUCCAAUGGAAGAUUAUGGAUGGAAUGAUAUUUUUUGCGAUCAACUGAAGUCUGGGAUACAAAUUUGUGAAAUAGUUGUUCAAUAAAAGGCACGGUUAAAAGCACAGUAAUCACACACACAAACGAGCUGGGACACAGACAUAUAAUAUUAUUUGCACUGAUCUAACAACACUUCUAAUGAUUUACAUUUUUUAAAACUUAAUUAAAGCAAGUAAACAAGUCAUAAAGAAUACAAAACGAAAAUCUCAUUUACACCAACAAGACCUUUCUCCCCUAAAACUAUCUUUCAUAAAUUUUUCAGAUAUGUAUACACUCACGCACGCAUACAUACACACUCACGCACGCACGCAUACAUACACACACACACAUUUAUAUAAGCUUUACUUGGGAGUAGUAUGUCUUGGACGCGUCAAUGUAAAUUUUCCUUAUCUUUUUGGAAAGUUCCUUUCAGCGUUCAAUCAGAUGAGUUCAAAUAUAUGAAAUGUAUAUUCUGCAUGGAGCAAAAGUCUAAGGUCAGGCAAGAUGUAAAGUAAGGGUAUUUCCAGAAAAGUACUCGACCCAAUGUCUAAAACUGCAAACAUUAAGUAAAUUUUUGCGUAAACUGGCGUUGCAAAUACAGUUGGUACAGAAACAAUCGUAAUGAAUCAUUAAAGAUGUGAUAAAAGAAUUUUUCAUAUCUUCUUAU